CCCGCCUGGUGAUGCUUAUCAAAUAUGUAAAGCAGAAUAACAAAAAUCAGGGCGGCUUGGAGAAGUUGAGCACUGGAGAAAAGCGAAAGCAGGAGCAGAGAGGCGGAAAUAGAAUAGCUGAGGAAAGGAGCUUCCGCAGCGAUGCAGUAGUGGCUUCCCUGGGGUUUUUAAGAAGCUUCCUGGAGAUUGGAUUAGCAUUAGGAUGCGGGAGAUAGUUACCCUGCAGAUUGGCGGCGCAGGCAAUGCCAUUGGCGAUGCUUUCUGGCACGUUAUCUCCCACGAGCACGGCGUGGACUAUGCCUCAGGAAGGUUCGGCGGCACCAGUCCCCUCCAACUGGAACGCAUCAAUGUGUUCUUUAAUGCCACGGCCAGCAAGAGAUUCUAUGCCCGCACCAUUAUUAUCGAUACGGAGGCCAGCACCAUCCAGCGUCUGAAUGCAAGCAGCCAGCUUUACAGGCCGGAGAAUUUUGUGGCCGGAUCGGAGAGUGCGGGAAAUAACUUUGCCCGUGGCUAUCAUACGGACGGUGCCGAAAUCCUUGAAACGGUAUUGGAUAAUACACGACGCGAGGUGGAGUCCGUGGACUCAUUGCAGGGCUUUCAGCUGCUCCACUCUAUUGGCGGUGGCACAGGCUCGGGUCUGACCUCUCUGAUAAUGGAGGCUCUCGUACAACAAUAUCCCGACAAUUUGCUGUGCAACUAUGUGACAAUACCAUCACCCAAUAUGUCUCAAGUGGUGGUGGAGCCAUAUAACGCCCUGCUGAGCACCCCGGCUUUGGUGAAUAACUCGCAUCUGACCUUCUGCCUGGACAAUGAGGCUCUGUUUCAGAUCUGCAACCGAAAUCUGCAGAUAAAGACAUCCGGCCACGAGCACAUUAACCAUAUUGUAGCCCUAACCAUGUCAGGGAUAACAACAUGUCUGCGUUUUCCGGGUCAGCUAAAUGCUGGUCUGCGCAAGAUCUAUGUGAAUAUGGUGCCAUUUCCCCGCCUGCAUUUCCUCAUACCUGGAUUCGCACCGCUGGUCACCUGCAAGCAGCAACAAUUCAGCAAGGGCACCGUCUCUGAGCUGGUCCAGCAGAUCUUCUCCAGCAAUAAUCUGCUCUGCGCCAUCGAUUUGCGACGGGGCAAACUCCUGACGGCGGCCGGUAUCUUUCGGGGCAGGAUGUCGCCGCGCGAGGUCGAUCAGCUAAUGACCGGUGUGCGGAAUAAGAAUAUCAGCAAUUUUGUGGACUGGAUACCGAAUAAUAUCAAGACGGCUAUUUGUGAUAUACCGCCACGUGGUUUGAAAAUGUCCGCGACCUUUAUAGGCAAUACGACAGCGAUACAGUCACUAUUCCAGCGUCUCCUGGACGCCUCAAUUGCGAUGUUGCGGCGAAAGGCACAUCUUCACUGGUACACCGGCGAGGGCAUGGAGGAGCAGGAGUUUAUGGACGCCCAGCAGGAGCUGCAGGCCAUCAUUGAUGAUUAUCGCUGUAGCGCUGAGGGUGAUGAAUGUGGCGGUGGAAUAGCCAGUGGAAGCAAUUCGGGUGAUAAGGAGGAUGAUAAUAGCAGCGAUGUGGCUGGAGAAGGUCCCCAGUGCACUUACUGUGCGGAAUAGGCACCAACCCAUCUCCAUAUAUUAAAGCUUAGCAUAGCCCCCGCCCCCAUAGGUCUUCAGGAACUGGAAGUUAUCUCUUUCUGCUUUCGAUAUAUACAUAUAUAUAUAUAGGAUAAUCUAGGGACACAACCGAAGCCGUUGCCCAAAUUCCGAAGUGGUCUCCAUUGUUGUCUCGCGUUUUGAAUGGAUUCGCAUUCAUAUAUAGUUUCGCUAACCAAUAGGAGGAAAAUUCACAAAUUGUUUAGAAUAUAUUUUGAGUAGAGGAUAUUUUUUUA